CCAGCUGUCAAUCAAAUCGAUAAAAUGAUAUCCGUUUAGCCAAUCAGCGAUUACGAUUUUCACACACCCCCAAGCGGUGUUACCUUAGACAUUACCCUUAGACAUUACGGUUCCAAGAAACACGGCGACGAAUUAUCCGAUGUAUUAGAAUUUCAUAAAUUUAUCGUGAAAAAUCAAAAUAAAAUGGUUAAAAGAUGUCAAUGGGGACUAUGCAAGUCAGAUUCUCGUUUCCCUGAUCGAUUAGUAGGGGAAAUCAAGUUUAUUCCGUUUCCGAAGCCUAAAAGAAACCGUGAAAGGUGCCUACGCUGGAUCAAGGCUUGUGGACGUCUUCACGAUCAACUAAAUGUAGAGAAAAUUGACGGGAAUUAUAAUUUAUAUGUGUGCACUAAGCAUUUCCCUGAAAGAGGGCCAUCUGAGCAAUACCCCGACCCUUAUCCAGCAGACAGUUGUACAGGUUCAGCAGCUAAGCACACACCAUGCAGAGCUCCACCAAAACCUAGACCUAUGUCAGAGCCUCCCAAAAAGCGGCGCAAAAUCCUAUCACAAUUACAAACUAAUGAUGAAGAAAAUAGCCAGCAAUACAACUUUCAAGGAGUAACAACAGAUCAACCUCAAUCUGUAACAAAUAUGCAUUUGAAAAAUGACAAUGUCAAUGAAUCAGCAAUGAUAUCACCAUUAGACAUGUUGGCCUUGGCAGCUGAAAAUAUGGAAUUAAAAAGAAAAAUGGCAGAGCAGUUGCUUGAAAAUAGUGCUCUGAAAGAGGAAUUGUCUACAAAGACUAAAUCAAUGGCACAACAGGUCCUAGAAAAUAAAAAUCUAAGAAGGAAAAUUACAACUAAAAAACCUUGAUAUAACACCAAAUUUGACGAUAAUGUACAAAAGAAAUGUCAUUUCAAUGUAGAGUCAUUUCGGGA